AUGAGAAAGAAGAGGAUGAUGCUCAAGAAACAACUCUCUGUACCACUUACUGAUUUACUGGUCAAGCCGGAAGAUGCUUACGAUAUCAGCACAGAAUAUGAGAUCCACAGCCAGCUUGGAUUUGGAACGUAUUCACAGGUGAAAAGUGCUACCAGGAUUAGCGACGGCUCUAAAGUUGCUAUCAAAAUUUCUAGUGGUAGCUCAGGAGUUGCUCUACUCCAAAAGGAAAAAUCCUUGAUGGAAUCUCUCACCUGUCCUUUCUUCCCCCAAAUAUUUGAUUUCAAAUUGGACAAAGUUUGGAACAAGGCUUACCUAAUCAUGGAGAAAAUCCCAGGCGAAAGCCUGGAUUCCUACAUUAAAAAUUCAGAUAAGAUACCAGUUGAAACCAUUGAAGCUUUUAUCAACCAGCUUUGUGCGAUUAUAAAAUAUUUGCACUGAAACAAUAUCUGUCAUAGGGAUCUUAAACCACAGAAUAUAAUAGUGACUAAAGAUAAUACCCUGCGUCUCCUAGAUUUUAACAUUAGUAAAAAAAUCAAAGACUCUGCUAAGGGUACAAUCAUGAGUGAGGUGUUCUAUACCCAGAUUAGCACUCCUCAGUAUGCUGCACCAGAAGUGUACUCGACAGCUGGAUAUACCCCAGCUAUUGACAUUUGGGGCAUUGGCAUCAUUGGAUAUCUCCUCUGAGGUGGAAUUGUUACUACAUGUGAUCUUACCAACUCUGGAGAAAUCUCCCAAGAAAAGAUAAUAUUUAAGGGACAUGUAGAGUCUUAUCAUCCACUACCAAGAAGGCUUAGAACUUUCCUUUGAAGUUGACUCAAUGAGGACCCAAAUUUGAGGCCCACGGUUGAGGACGAUUAUUUUAAUUCUGAUAUUGUCAUCUCGAUCCUUACCGCUUCCAAAAGUUUCGAAAAGAUCGACGAGGAAAACAAGGAAGAUGAAUAA